UUGGUAUUUUUAGGCAACCACCUCAAUUCCCCACUUUUAUUUUUCCUUUCAUUUUCUCUUUUUGCAAAAAAACUUCUCUUCGAUCUCUAUAUAAUUACCCACAUGCACUCUCUCUCUCUCUCAAUCAGAUCCAAAUCAGUAAACUCAUAUGGGAUCAAGCAUGAAGGUGCACCAGUUCGCACGUGGGCUUUGGGAGCACGAACCCUCCCUCACGCUUGGCUGCUGCAAAACCAGCAGCUUACUGCUCCGCCCUCUUGUUCCCAAACUCCCCAACAAUACCGAGUCUGUCGCCACCGCCACCGCCACUGCCGCCACCGCUGCUUUUGAUCUGAAGAGCUUCAUUAGACCCGAUAGUGGCCCCCGAAGACUCGGUUCGUCUGAUCACAAGACGGAAGCAACUCAGGUGGAGAUGCAUCCCGGUGGGACAAGGUGGAACCCGACUCAAGAACAGAUAGGGAUAUUAGAGAUGCUCUAUCGGGGCGGAAUGCGCACUCCCAACGCGCAACAGAUAGAACAAAUCACGGCACAACUCGGAAAGUAUGGCAAGAUCGAAGGGAAGAAUGUGUUUUACUGGUUCCAAAACCACAAAGCACGGGAGAGGCAGAAGCAGAAGCGCAACAGUAUUCUAGGUCUCAACAGUUGUCCUAGGACUUCCACGGCGACCACCCCCAUUACCACUAUAACUUUGGAUCACACAAGGGGACAAGUGGAGAGAUCAGUAGUAGAAGAAGGUCCGUACAAGAGAAAGUGCAGGACGUGGACGUUUGAAGGGUUGGGAGAGGACAAGAGAUAUUGUAAAGAGGAGGGAGACAAGACUCUGGAGCUUUUCCCAUUACACCCUGAAGGCAAAAUGAAGGGUUAAUUCGGAUUUUAUUUUCAUUGAUCUCGUCGAUCGCUUUUGGUUCAACAUGUUGUGAUUAAUUUGCUUUUCGAUGUCUUUUUUCCUUUCAAGAAAGAAGAAAGAUGAUGACCGGCCCCUUGUUUAUUCUUGAUCCAUGGAACCAAAGUGCUCUUCUGGAAGUUGGAAAAUGGGUAUUGAAUCUUUAUUCGUU